CGCUCGCAGCGACCCACCCGCAACAGCCAUCGCAUAUAUGGUUGGUGGUUUGCGCGUGCCACUCUCCUUUCCUUCCUCCGCCAAUCGGCUAUAAAUAGGCGCCCCCACUGAUCAUCGUGGAGUACGAGUCAGUCAGUCGCCUACUUCCAGGAGCUCUGCCUGCCAUGGGUCCAAUUGUGCUCCUCCUCGUCGUUGUUGUUGCCGUUGCCGCCGCGCCGGCGGUGGCCGAGCUGCCGCGGCUGGAGCACUCGCCCAAGGCGGAUGGGUCGCUGUCCAUCCUUGCCGUCGGCGACUGGGGAAGGCGUGGGGAGUUCAACCAGUCCCGGGUCGCCACCCAGAUGGGGGUGGUAGCGGAGAAGAUGGACGCCGACUUCGUCAUCUCCACCGGCGACAACUUCUACAGCGAUGGCCUAACCGGCGUCAACGACAUGGCCUUCGAGGACUCCUUCACCGGCAUCUACACUGCCAAGAGCCUCCAGAAGCCUUGGUACACAGUUCUUGGCAACCAUGACUACCGGGGCGACGCCCUGGCGCAGACCAGCCCUGUCCUCGCGAAGGUCGACCGCCGGUGGAUCUGCAUCAAGUCCUUCAUUCUAAACGCAGAGAUUGCGGACUUCUUCUUCGUGGACACGACGCCCUUCGUCCUCAAGUACUGGACCAACCCCGGGAACAGCACGUACGACUGGAGAGGAGUUGCUCCUCGCGACACCUACAUCACAAAUCUUCUCAAGGACGUGGAGGCUUUGCUGAGGCAGUCGAGGGCGCCGUGGAAGAUCGUCGUCGGGCACCACCCCAUCCGGACCGCCGGCAAGCAUGGCGACACCGAAGAGCUCGUGCAGCUUCUCCUCCCGAUGCUCAAGGCCAAUGGCGUCGACCUCUACGUCAACGGCCAUGACCACUGCCUCGAGCAGAUCAGCAGCAGCGACAGCCCUCUGCAGUACCUGACGAGCGGCGGCGGGUCCAAGGCGUGGGGCGGCGUCUACGCGCCGGGCGCCGACAAGGUGGAGUUCUUCCACGACGGGCAGGGAUUCAUGUCGCUGCGCCUGACCGCCACGGACGCGCGCCUCGCGUUCUACGACGUCGCCGGCGCCGUCCGGCACACCUGGGGGCAUACCAAGGCCGCGCACUACUGAUUGAAGUUGAAUAAGCUGCCGUGGGCGCCAAUUCUUUGUUACAAGUUGCUAACCAGCACAGCGCCUGCACGAACAAUUUAACCGUCUCUUUACUAUAGUAUUCAAAUUAUUGUUCUUGUAGUUCUCCGGUGUGAAUUGCAUGUCCUUUCGGACUUUUGAUUAAGAUGUAACUGGUGAUGAGUGAUGAUG